UAAAGCACUAUAGCUAAUGGAGAAAUAUGAUCGAGUCCAUCAUGAGAGUAGAUUCAGAACGACUUUUACAGUCUACCUUGACUUGUUGAGAACAUCUGAGAUUCCGUUCUCAGAGCCUGCCUCUAUCACUGCAGGUGAAAUAGUCGAGCGGAUUCUGAACCGAUAUGUUGAACAGGGCAAGUCUCAGGGUAAAAGAAAGGAUUUUUCACUUUACAUCAUAAACACUCAGCAUAUUGAGGGACACCUGAAGGCGAAUAAAAAUAAAAAGUCCUUUGACUCAAAAGAAAAUAAAGAAUUUUACAAUAAUAUUGACUCUGUGUUUAAGCUUCCUCAUGUGAUGAAGAGAAAAUUGGAUAGUUGAGAUUAUCCAGUAUACAUUCUGCAAAGAGCAGAAACAAAAAUGAAGAACAAAGGUUCUAUCAUGUUUCAAUGGGACCUCUAUUUCCUCUCUCAUACGACUACACUAGGAGAGAAAUAGAGGAAAUCUUACUGAGAGGUUUAAGAAAGAAGGAGAGUUCUUUGAGGAACUCCUUACCAAUAUCACUGAUCGUAAAUUCUUUUUCCAUCGUAAAGGAAACUGAAGUUUGAGAGAAGAUAAGAUGGAGCAUUUCAGAGACAUCACUCUGAUCUUAACAGGUGACCAUCUAUACUAUAUGGAGAAAUAACAUGGAUAGUCUUAAUUUAAUCCUUUUGUCUGAAGCUUUAGCUUAUGAAAACAAAGAGAAAUCAUACUCCUUUGAAAUCAGGACAAAUGGUAGGAAAUAUGUACUUGCAUGAAAGUCACAACAUGAUAAAGACAAUUGGAUAAAUGCGAUUCUUUCCCAAAUAGAUCACUCAAAAUGAAAGCAUGAGAUUGAUGAUCUUGAAGGUAGAAUUCAGCAGCUUUCUAAAGAAGCAUCUAACAGCGAGUCCAAAAAUCCAACCAGAAAGCAAUUCCUUAACUACCUUGAGCAGCUGGACGAGAAGAAUGGAGCAUUACUCAAAGAAACUAUCAAAUCAGUUCAUAACUACAAGCAAUCUUGAGCAGAAAUGAUUGAAAUCUUUGGACUCACAUCAAAGGGAGCUUUUAUUACCCAGGAAGAUCAAGACUCCUUAAAAGAAACUAUUGAGGAACAAGCAACUGAUAUCCUGUGAGAAAUAUUUAAGUUACUGAAGAGAGCAAAAAUGUCAAUAUCAAAUGCUAAAGAGUUCAAUGAAGAAGAUAGCUUUAUCGAACCAGAAGAAAAGAAUGGCUUUAACCAAGACCAAAUCACAGCUGAAAUCACAAAACUAGCAAAAAGUGAUGCAGAUGCUCACAAGAGAAGGAAAAAGCAUUUUUCUGCCAACUGAAACUUAGAUUCGAUCAAAAUAGAAGACAUUAGUGUUAACCAUGAUUACAAAAUGAAUGAUUUCAAAGAUAUGCCUGAGAACCAUCAAAUCUUGUUACUUUGAACUACAAAAUGUUUUUUAAUAAUGAAUGAAAAAUUUGCCAAAAUGAAGGAAACCAAGAUUUACGACAAAUAUCUGUUUAAACCCCUAGAGAACAAUGUAAAUCAGAUUUACAGGGCUAAUUUCGAAGUCGAUUUCAUGAAGACGAUCAUUUGGAAUAGGAAUUUUAAUAAGACAAUUACUGACUCCAACCGGUACCUUGUCAAAAUGAGAUCUACAAAUUCUAAUAUAUUCAAGAAUAUCUUGCAACAAAAUAAACAGAAUCUUGCUGAUAUUGAGAAAAAGAAGAGCUCCAGCAGUAGAAAAAUGUCUGUAUCUAAUAGUGUCCUCUUACAGCCCCAGCGCGUCUUGAGGAGCAGGAGACUAGUCAGUGUCAGCACUAGCUUUACAACCAAUAAUAAAGAAUUCGAAGAAAUUAUUAGGCAUAAAACUGAGAUUAGGAGAGGGACUUCUCGAAAGAACUUUUCUAUGAAAUACUCUUCCAAAGAGGAACAAGAGAGUACUUUUGGGAUGACCAAUCCGAUACAAGAAGCUAUAUCUGAAGAUGAAGACCCUGAAGAAGAGAAAAUAGAUACCUCAACAAGUAACAGAAGGGCCUCUAAUGGAUUUACAGAUUAUGGUGAGAUUUAGUUGUGAGAAGUAAGAAGAAAUUAUUCAA